AUGAACAAACAAAAUUUAAAUAAUUCUUCAUCGAAAGAUUAUGCUUUAGCACAUUCAUUUUCUCGUCGACAAAUGACAAUGAUGAAUUCAUAUCUUGAUUCACCGAUAACAGUUGAAUCAUCAUCAAAAUCAACAUCAUCAACUAUAACGGAUCCACAUUGUACCCAUUGUGGAAAAUAUUAUUGUCAAAUUGAUUUUAUUUUUUCAUGGCUAUCACGUUAUGGUAAAACAAAUGAUCAACAAUAUGUUAUUGAUCAACGUAUACAAGAAAUUAUUUCCAAACGUUUACCAACAUCAGAUCCUCAAAAUGUUUGUGAACAACGUUUACUUCAUUGGUAUAAUUCAACAAAAAUAAAAUUAGGAAAUGAAUCAAUAUCUUUUCCAACAUCAACUAUUAAAAGCAGUUCUACUUCAGUUCCAUUUCGUUCGAAUACACCUGUCAUAUCUCAAAAUGAAAUUCAUUCAAGUGAUUAUAAUAAAUAUUUAUUAUCACAAGCAGCUGCUUUUACUCCUGAUGAACCACUUUUAUCAUCAACAGUCUGUAAUCGUUUAUCAAAUUCAACACCAACACAAACAUUUCAAACACAAAAUCGUGCUGGUUUAUAUCAAUUAUGUUCUAAUGGACGUUAUAUUAUAGCUGAUGAUUGGUGUCAAACAUAUAAAGGACAUCGUUUACCGCAAUUUAUGCGUUGUCUUACAAUUUAUAAUCAAUAUGAAGAACAAUGUGUAUUAAUGUUACCAGAAUUUAAUACAAUGACACAAAUGGAUUCUGUUCAAAGUAUGACAUGGCAUGAACAAUUACAAGUCUUUCUUUUUAUUACUUAUCAUCGUGUUUAUCAAUGUGAACCUGAAAGUGGUACAAUAAAUCAAAUAAAUGAAUAUGAAAU